AAAUAAUAAUAUUAUAUUUAGAAUUAUGAGCGCUAGAACUCCAAUACCCACUUUCAUUCUAAAGACAUAUCAAAUGCUAGAAGUAAUAUAGUAUAAGAAAUAAUUAAAGGAACCUUAAAAUAGUAACAUUGUUGGUUGGACUGCACAAGGCACUGCUUUCAUAGUUUACAAUCAGUAGCUAAUGGAAAAAUAAGUAUUAUAAAAUUUCUUUAAGCACAGUAAUUAUUCAAGCUUUGUAAGGUAUUAAUGUAUAAAAAUACGUCUUCUAGAUAGUUAAACUUAUAUAAUUUCAAAAAAGUUCGAUCGAAUGAAGGAUAAGUUUUUAAGCACAAAUGCUUUAGAAAAGGGAUGAAGUAAAUUUGUUAAAAAUAAUCUAGAUCUAUGUUAUAAUUUAUAAAAAGAAGAAAUCAAGAAGAUUUAUAAGCACCUUCAAUUUAAGAGGAACCAAGUAAUUUAUUAAUGGUAUUUUUAUAGCUAUCAAUGUAAAAGAGGAAUAGAACUUAUUUAAAGAAUGUGCCCUUGAUAUAAAGGAAACUAAUAACAAAUUAAAAGAAGAUAUGAAACUAUUAUAAGAAACUUCUUCUUAUCUUAUUGAUUAAAUGCAGAAUUUAAAUCAUGUAUGAUAGAUAAUAUAAUAAGUUUGUUUACAAUCAAAGUGUUGAUAUAGAAGUUAAAUUUAAAUAAGUUGGAUAGAUGUUACAUGCUAUAAAUGAAGAGUUAAGAUAAGAAAGUAAAGUUUUACUUAUUUUAGAUAAAAGUGACACCUAAACAAAUAAAUUGUUGGGUGACUAUAAAUAUUCAAAAGAAAUAGAAUUUCAAGAAUCAAAAAUUGGCUCUCCUAACCCAUAUGUUGAUUAUAAUAGCACAGCACUUAAUCCUCUUGAUUAUGAGUGCUUUAUCGAUUCGUUUUUAUGACAUCUUAUAAACUCAAAAAAAAA